UAGGUAAGCAGCGAGUGAAACUUCAUUGUUCGACAUAAAGAAAAAAAUUUGGAAAAAUUAACUCAAAGAAAACACAUAUAAUACAAUUUAACAUAAUUCUUUCUAAAUUCUAAGUAUUUUCUAUUGAAAAGCAGUUGUCAAAUUCUAAAUAAAAAUGACCAGUGAACAAGAUGCCGACAGAAAUUAUGCUUCGGAAAAUUUAGACGAAGGAGAGUACGAGUUUAUUUAUGGCACCGAAGAUGGCAUGUACUCUCAGAGUGAAACCACCCACAUUGGUGAGGAGGUCGAAGACGCGGCCGAAGAUAUAUUCUCACAUCUCGGUGAGUCAUCGGAUGACCCAGAGCAAAAACGUCGUUACAUGGAAUACUUAAGCCUAAUCAAGGAAAUCGAGUGCCAAAAUCAAAUGGUCGAUGAUAUUAAAGCGCAAAUUGUGGAGCUUUGCGCCAAGCCUUGUAAGACAAAGUGCGAAAUGAAGGAUAUCAAGAGGCUGCGCGUAUGCAUGGAGCAGGAGAUAAUGAAGCUGCGUUGCUUGAUGACAAAAGCUAUGCAAUUGCAGAACUUCGGUUCGAGACGCCGUUAUCAUGAGAUACCGCUUGCCACUACCAUAGACGAGGAUAACAUGACGCCGUAUGCGGGUACUCAACCGCCACCGGCGAAUUGGAAAGGUGGCGAGAGCAGUGAAACUGAUAGAUGUGCCUCAGCCGAACCAAGGGAGUGCAAAGACGAGAAGGCUUUGCGUUGUUUAUGCAAAGCGCUAGGAAAGAUGAAAAUCUGUUGUCCGGAAGACAAAAAGCUCAUACAAGAAAUCGCCGGUGUGCUAAUGGGACAUAAGAAGAAGAAGGGCGCACCACCUUGUCCACAACCAUGCCCACCUGCGCUACCACCAUGUCCAGGUCCAUGCCCACCUUUCGCAAAGCCGAAGAAGAGCAAAAAAUCCGCGCAACCCUGUUCGUCAGAUUCCAUGCCUUGUGCGGACUCUUUGGAGCGACUCAAACAGAAAAUUACAUGUAUGCAGUCGUCGGUAUCCCAGUUGAAGCAGGAAAUCUAUCGACGGGAGCGCGAGAAGCAGCAAGUGUGUGAACCGGAAGUGUGUGAAGAGAAGGAAGACGUCUGUUCGGAGGAACCCGAUCCCAUACAAUUUUGCUUAAGCAAACGAACCGCGAAAGCCGAUGAAAUGGCCAAGUUGAGAGAAAACUAUUUGCAUUUAUUGGCGGAGUUUUCGAAAAAGGAUUGCCAACUCAAAGAAAUGGAGAAACGCCUGAAAGGAUUUUGCGGUAGCUGCAAUAACAACAACGGUCAAGGCGAAGGUCAAAACAUCGACCAUUCCGAGUUAAUCGUACUCAGGCAGCGAGUGUCGGACUUGAAGGAAGAACAGACGGAAUUCAAGUGUCUUAUGAAGGAACAAUCGCAGCAACUGGAAGAUUAUCGCAAUAAGUACUUGGUGGCACAGCAAAAGGUUGAAGAACAAAGUGUGACUCUAGACAAACUGAACAUGAACAACAAAAGAAUAGAGAAACAAAUAAAUACGGAAGUAAAGGAAAUACGUGCCAAAUUUCAGGAGAAGCUCAACGAAUUGCUACAUUUCCCCAAACUAUUGGAGAACGAACAGCUGAAGUUGGCGCAAGUCUGCAAAGAGAAGGAGGAUUUACAAGGGAAAUUGAUGCUUAUUUGCAAAGAAUUGAAAGCGCUGAAGGCGCAGACCGAGUCGCCGAAGGACGAAGCGGAUUGUCGACCGCAAUUGAUGAAAUGCCAAUUGGAAUUGGAGCAGUGCAAAUCACGUCUCGAGGAAAUGGAAAGACAGCGAGAUCUCUUCUGUGAGAAACUCAAGACCACACAAGAUGACCUGGACACAUUACGUUCCGAAUCGGCCAAAAUCAUUGCGCGCACCAAGGAACGUGCCGAGGCAAUGAAGUGUCAAAUGCAGGAACAAAUAGACCGCCUGGAGAAGGAACUGGCGCAAUGCCGUGCCACUGCUUGUCUCUCUGUGAGUGAUCGUGAGGCCGUUAUACGCGAGAUGCAAGGCCAACUCAACACACUUUCCUACAGCUUCGAUGCGGCACAGAAGCAAAUCAAGACGUUACGCAAUCACAUCGCUUAUGUCUCCAAUGAAAAUUGUUUUCCUGUUAAAUGCUGAUCAGUUAAUUUAACUUAAUUAUGCGUAAAUGAAAGCACGUUGUUGGUAUAGCUAUAGCUUUGUAGACAUGCUCAAUUA